AUGAAAAUGCCAAAGCGCUUACAUACAGCAUCAGUUUUACCUGGUGGGAAAAUUCUGGUUGAUGGUGGCUUUUAUAACAAUACUUUGGCUUCAGCUGAAAUCUACGAUCCAUUAACGGGAAACUGGACGAGAACGGGAUACAUGAAUUUUCCACGAUAUUCACAUGAAACAAUCGUAUUAUCCAAUGGAGCAGCGUUAGUUGUUGGUGGAACUGAUGACGGGACUGCAUCGGCUCAUUGUGAAAUGUAUGAUCCAGUAUCAGGAAACUGGACAAUUAAAAGAGAUUUCACCAAGCGACGAUACGGGUACACACUGUCAUUAUUGCAGAAUGAAUCAGUGUUCGUGACAGGUGGAAGAUGCCAAUCUGAUGCUUUGUCUAUUUGUGAAUUAUUUGACAUAGCAAAUGGAACAUGGUCUCUUGUAGUUAGUUUAAAUAACAAACGAUAUGAACGCACACAGCAACUGUUUAACCUAACGGAAAAGUAA